AUGAAUGUUUUAGUAGUACCCGACUCACCGUGUUCUCCUGAUUCUGCAGUAUCCGAUCGUGUUAAACGUCCAAUGAAUGCAUUUCUUGUUUGGUCUAAACAUGUUAGAAAAGAACAUUCUCAAAAAAUGAUAUAUGAUCAAACAAUUGAUCAUGCACAAUUAAGUAAAGAAUUGGGAUCAAAAUGGAAAACAAUGCCUAAAGAAGAAAAACAACCGUUUUAUGAUAUAGCUGAACGUUUACGCGUGCAACAUAAAAUUGAUCAUCCACAUUAUCGAUAUCAACCAAAACGGAUAAAAAAAAUUGCUCGUGUACAUCCAUAUGAUGUACAACAAACAUCAGUUCUUCUACCAUUAGUUCAACCUCAAGUACCGGUACAUCCUUAUUUUCAAGUCUAUCCUCCUGGUUUACAAGAUCAUUCAUCACCAGAUUUAUCAACAUUAGAACAACGAUUAAAAGAUAGUUUACAAUCGAUAAAUCAAUCAAUAAUUCCCUAUAUUCAAAAUUAUCCCGUUAUUAUUGCACCAAAUUUAAUAACACAAAUAUCAACAUCGUCAGUAGAACAAUCAUUGCCACAUAUUCAACGUCCUUAUUCACCUCGACUAACACGUAUUCAAGUAAUUCGAAAUCAAGAUCGUCUUUUACAACAGCAAUUACAACAAUCUCAGAUUCGUCCUGGAAUCGAUCAAACAUACAAUUUAUAUGGAAAUGAACUUGUUCCAAUUUCAUCAAUCGAUAAUUCUAAUUUUGUAUAUAAUGAAUCAUCGAUACAACUAUCUCCACCAAUGUCUGCUUAUCCGCCAACUCCUUGUUCAGUUGGUCAAUUUUCACCAUAUGUUGAACAAAAAAGUGAUUUUUUAGCUUUAAAUAAUAACGUUCAUGAUAAUUUAACAAAUGUUUUAGAUUGGUCAACAACAUCUGGAAGAGAAAUUGCUCCAACAUGGUUGUCCAGUGAUGAUUAUUCUUAUAAUACUCCAUCAAGUGGUCAAGAAGAUCAAGAGGACUAUUUAUCAUUUCUUAACUUAUGA